GAUCACGAGUGAUAAGCUCAGCUUUAGUAUUGUACUGGACUCGUGCCUGCAUUUCAUGGCAAAUUACACACAUUCCAUUAACUCACACUCACAUUUGUGAGAUUUUGUUAUUGGGAUAUGGUGAAUUGAUGGCUUAGGUCAGGAGUGCCCAGUCCUGGGAGAUUUACCACCCUGGAGAGUUCAGAUCCAACACAAGGCCUUCAUUACCUGGAUCACCACUGAAGACCUUCAUUUCCUGGAUCAGAUUAGGCUUGGAGCUGAACUCUGUAUAGUACUAGAUCUCAGGGACCAGGACUGAGCACCCCUGGCUUAGGUAAUGAAAGGGUAGUGGGCCUAUGGGAGCAGCAGUGGACUGAAGCAGGUCAUAGAACUCAAAAUAAAGCUGAUGAGUUUGUUUCCCUUUUACUUUCUCUCCUUUUGAAUAAAUACAUUUUUAGAAACAUUUUAUCAGAAGAAUUACAUGAACAAAGCUGCCAGACAAUAACAGCGAGGAACAGUAUGAAGUAAAUAAUUCCCCAUGGACUUUUUCUUUAUGUAUUCUUAAUGUAUUCUGAAUAAGUUACUUUUUAUGUAUUGUAAUGUAAUACAUUAGCUACUCAAUACAUUAAGGUCUGUGUAUUCAGUAAUGAGCCAUCACUACUUUUUUUACUCCGCUUUGGAUAUGGGCUCUUUAAAGCACCAUCAGGGCUUGAAGGUCUGUCCACAGACGGGUCCUGCCCCGGUGGGGUAACCUCAGAAACUGUACUGCCCUCCUGACUGUCAAAACUCUUCGCUUCUGGUUGUUGUUUACUGAGGAAAAUGGCGGCCGGCGUGAGGCAGGAGCUCGCCCAGCUCAUGAACUCCAGCGGAUCUCACAAAGACCUGGCUGGAAAAUACCGUCAGAUACUGGAGAAGGCUAUACAGUUUACAGAUGCUGAACAGCUUGAGGCGCUGAAAGCAUUUGUUGAAGCUAUGGUCAAUGAAAAUGUCAGUCUGGUGAUAUCAAGACAGCUACUGACUGACUUCUGCACACACCUUCCAAAUUUACCUGAUAGCACAGCUAAAGCUGUCUACCACUUUACCCUUGAGAAGAUUCAGCCAAGAGUCAUCUCCUUCGAAGAGCAGGUGGCUUCGAUUAGACAGCAUCUAGCCACUAUAUAUGAGAAGGAAGAGGACUGGAGAAAUGCUGCCCAGGUUUUAGUGGGUAUACCGUUGGAGACGGGACAAAAGCAGUACAAUGUUGACUACAAAUUGGACACUUAUCUGAAGAUCGCCCGACUGUAUCUGGAGGAUGAUGAUCCUGUUCAGGCUGAGGCCUACAUCAACCGUGCAUCUUUACUCCAGAACGAGUCAACCAAUGAACAGCUGCAGAUCCACUAUAAGGUAUGCUACGCUAGAGUGCUGGACUAUCGAAGGAAAUUCAUUGAAGCAGCUCAGCGCUACAAUGAGCUUUCAUAUAAAUCCAUUGUCCAUGAGAGCGAACGCCUGGAGGCCUUAAAACAUGCUCUCCACUGCACUAUUCUGGCUUCUGCAGGGCAGCAACGUUCCCGUAUGCUGGCCACGCUGUUCAAGGAUGAACGAUGUCAGCAGCUGGCUGCCUAUGGCAUCCUAGAGAAAAUGUAUUUGGAUCGAAUCAUUCGGGGAAACCAGCUGCAGGAAUUUGCUGCAAUGCUAAUGCCGCACCAGAAAGCCACCACAGCAGAUGGUUCAAGUAUCUUAGAUCGAGCAGUCAUUGAGCACAACCUUUUGUCUGCUAGCAAGCUGUACAAUAACAUAACAUUUGAAGAAUUAGGAGCACUUUUAGAGAUCCCACCAGCAAAGGCAGAAAAGAUUGCUUCGCAAAUGAUAACAGAGGGCCGUAUGAAUGGCUUCAUUGACCAAAUAGAUGGCAUUGUCCACUUUGAGACACGAGAGCCACUGCCCACCUGGGACAAGCAGAUCCAGUCACUCUGCUUUCAGGUAAACAACCUUCUGGAGAAGAUUAGUCAGGCAGCACCGGAGUGGACAGCACAAGCCAUAGAGGCCCAGAUGUCUCAAUAAACCUUCUACUCCUAGUCGACCCAGCCACUUUCUGAGAUCUCACCAUCUUUAGGUCAAAAAUUACAGAGACAUUUUCCAAAGACUCUUAUCAAAAUGUGGACCGUGAGCAGGCCUUCUGAAUACUCUGUUAAGAUGUUGCUUUGUAAGCAGUUGGAUAUCCGCAGCACGUAUGUUCGCAGUGACUGUUUUGGGUUUUGAGGCUCACGUCAUAUUAACAUGGACAUAGUAUGUGAAGAUGAUUUGAUGUCUUAAUAAACCUUUGUGUAAAUCUA